AUGACGUUCUCAUCCGCUUUCAAAGCCGUCGUCAUGAUGGCUCUCAUCUCCAUCGUGAACGCACGAAUCAACUACCCCGACAAGCUUUCAGAUAUAUCGAGGCGGGAUCUGUCGGGCAACUUAGACAUUGAAUGUCAUGACUGCACUUGCUUCUCCUGCACUGGAACCACAGACAAAGGUGAUGGUACUAUGGACGUUACAUUUGGUCACUGCAAAGACGACCCAGGUGACAGCCUCCGUUGGAUGUGCUGCGUUGGAUACGAUGGCGGCGAAGGCAACUGCAAUGUGGUUGGGCCUUGUACGCCCGAGGAAGGAACGCAAAAGUGUGAAGAUAUUGCCGCUGGAGAUGUUUUGACUGUCAAUGUGCCCACGGACACAGAAACGGUUUCUAUCAACACCCAUGACGGACGAACUGCUGCGGCUGCAGACAUGGAUAACGCCGUGUGUGGAGGAAAUGGUAAUCAAGGUGGAGUUUGUGCUGCACUUGAUGCGACUUCCCACUGCCUCAUUCAUUUUGCGAUUGAGAACUGUGGCAAUACUCCAUCGCCUACGACAUCUUUUCCGACCACUUCACCAACAGUACCCGGCGCAACCACACCAGCCCCUGCCCCCACACCAGCGCAACCAACGUGGGGAGGCAGCUUCGGCGACCCGCAUAUCAGAACUUGGGCCGGUGAACAAUUCGAUGUAAGCUGCACUUUGCUUGCAUUCUGUUUUGGACUCUUUGAGCUGCAAUCCCUUUUGUGCUUUUCGAAAGCUCAUUCUGACGUUCCUGAUUGA